CAACUUUUGGAAUUUUUCAAAGUCUCCAAGGCUACACAAAGUAGAAAGCGCACCAUCCCCGGACAUCAGUGGACGCCUUGAAGGGGCCCGAGCGAACCUGGGCAACCGCUCUAACAGUUUAGCCACCCCAUUCUCUCCCCACUUCCCCAGACUUCUGACUUUGACCUUGGGGCGCCGGGCAGGCAUGAAGCCCUCCUGGCUGCAGUGUCGGAAGGUCACGGGCGCGGGGGGGCUCGGGGCUCCCCUGCAGGGCUCGGCUGCAGCUCGGGGAGCAGCCCCAGCGCGCCGGGCUUACCUGGCCCCGGCGCCCCGGGGCAGUGGCGGCUUUGGUGCGGGACGCCUCUCCCUGUCCUCGGCCAGCGGCACUAGCUGCGGUGCCAGUGAGUAUAAGACGCACUUCGCGGCGUCGGUGUCCGACCCCGAGAGGUUCUGGGGGAAAGCCGCGGAGCAGAUCAGUUGGUACAAGCCCUGGACCAAAACGCUGGAGAACAGCCACCCACCAGCCACAAGUUGGUUUGUGGAAGGGAUGCUUAAUAUCUGUUACAAUGCUAUAGACCGUCAUAUUGAAAAUGGACAAGGAGACAAGAUUGCCAUCAUCUAUGACAGCCCUGUAACGAACACAAAAGCCACUAUUACCUAUAAAGAAGUUUUGGAACAGGUGUCCAAGCUGGCUGGUGUCUUGGUGAAACAUGGUGUCCAAAAGGGGGAUACCGUGGUGAUCUAUAUGCCCAUGAUACCACAGGCAAUGUAUACCAUGCUGGCUUGUGCAAGGAUAGGGGCCAUUCACAGCCUCAUCUUUGGGGGCUUUGCCUCUAAGGAGCUCAGCACCCGUAUUGAUCAUGCAAAGCCCAAAGUGGUUGUAACAGCAUCCUUUGGAAUAGAGCCUGGGAGGAGAGUAGAAUAUAUACCGCUAUUAGAAGAAGCCAUGAGGAUAGGAGAGCACAAGCCGGGCAGAGUUCUCAUUUAUAAUCGACCUAAUAUGGAGGCUGUUCCUCUGGCUCCAGGUCGUGAUCUUGAUUGGGAUGAAGAGAUGGCAAAAGCUCAGUCCCAUGACUGUGUCCCUGUUCUCUCAGAACAUCCACUUUAUAUUCUCUACACAUCAGGAACAACUGGAUUACCUAAGGGUGUGGUCAGACCCACUGGUGGAUAUGCAGUGAUGCUGAACUGGACCAUGUCUUCUAUAUAUGGACUGAAACCAGGAGAGGUUUGGUGGGCAGCUUCUGACCUAGGAUGGGUCGUUGGGCAUUCCUAUAUUUGCUAUGGACCUCUCUUGCAUGGGAACACAACUGUCUUGUAUGAGGGGAAGCCUGUGGGAACACCAGAUGCUGGGGCUUACUUUCGCGUGCUCUCGGAGCAUGGAGUGGUGGCCUUGUUUACAGCACCGACUGCAAUUAGAGCCAUCCGUCAACACGACCCUGGGGCAGCCCUAGGGAAGCAGUACUCUUUGACAAGGUUCAAAACUUUAUUUGUGGCUGGUGAACACUGUGAUGUGGAGACACUGGAGUGGUCUAAAAAUGUUUUCAGAGUACCUGUCUUGGACCAUUGGUGGCAAACAGAGACUGGAUCUCCAAUUACAGCCUCAUGUCUUGGUUUAGGAAAUUCAAAAACCCCUCCCCCAGGACAAGCAGGAAAAUCUGUGCCAGGAUACAAUGUUAUGAUUUUGGAUGACAGUAUGCAAAAACUGAAGGCCCGCACCUUGGGAAAUAUUGUGGUGAAGUUGCCUCUGCCUCCUGGAUCAUUUUCGGGGCUCUGGAAAAACCAGGAAGCUUUCAAGCACUUGUAUUUUGAAAAGUUUCCAGGUUAUUAUGAUACCAUGGAUGCUGGUUACAUGGAUGAAGAUGGUUAUUUGUAUGUUAUGUCUCGAGUUGAUGAUGUAAUCAAUGUAGCAGGUCACAGAAUUUCAGCGGGUGCCAUUGAAGAGUCGGUCCUUUCCCACGGUAUGGUAGCGGAUUGUGCUGUCGUCGGCAAGGAGGAUCCUUUGAAAGGUCACGUCCCAUUAGCACUUUGUGUACUGAAGAAAGACAUAAAUGCUACAGAGGAGAAAAUUUUGGAAGAAAUCGUGAAGCAUGUGAGACACAGCAUUGGACCAGUGGCAGCUUUCCGACACGCUGUGUUUGUUAAGCAGUUACCUAAGACACGCUCGGGCAAGAUACCCCGGUCAAUACUCUCUGCUCUUGUCAAUGGAAAACCUUACGAGAUAACUCCCACAAUUGAGGAUCCCCGUGUCUUUAGCCAUAUAGAAGAAGUACUGAAGAGGACAUCAUGACCUUUUUUCCUUCUGUAAAAACUUGCGUAGCAGCAGAGAAGAUAUUUGACUUUGGUAUACAGAAAUAGGUGCAUAAUUAGCAGGUCUCAGUAGAUACCAAGCUAAGUAGUUAGGAGAUGAGGUUAAUUAUGUAGUUGAAUGGAAGGUCUUUAAUUGGCCAUGCCUAUGGUUACUGGUUAUUUGUUACAGGUCUUAGUAUUUUUAUCCAUCUUUUAGGAUUUUUCUAUGGUUUUUUUUUGCUUUGUUUUACAUAAUUAUGCUAAGUUCUAAUAUGAGCCUAAUGAAAUCAUAGACUAUCAGAGCUGCAAGGGACCUCAAAGAUUACCUUGCCCUACUUCCACCUGCCCUUCCUCUCAUCUUAAAGAUGAAAAAACUGAAGCCAAAGGUAACUUUGGCCCUUCUUCCUGCCUUAUGUUCAAAUUUAACUGCCACUGCUCCCAAGAAGCUAAAAUUGUUGGAGUUUGGCACAAGAAUAGAAGUCGAAAACUUAUUUUACAGGACAAAUUAACCUUAGAAAGAGUAGGACAAUCUAGAUGACACAGGAAGAAAAAGAAAAUGAUUAGGUUAGAUCAAGGGUGGGAAACCUGCAGUCUCAAGGCCACAUGUGGCCUUCUAGGUUCUUGGGUACGGCCUUUUGAGUCCAAAUUUUACAGAAUAAAUCCUUUUAUUAAGGGGAUUUGUUCUGUGAAGUUUGGGAUUCAGUCCAAAAGGAUGCACUUGAGGACCUAGAGGGUCUUUAUCAUAGAUUUAAAUCUGGAAGAAACCUCAGAGAUCUAAUCCCUUUACUCAUUUUAUUGACAAGGGAACUGAGUCCACAGAAGAUGGGUAACUUGUCCAGUGUCCCACAGGUAGGAGAGUCAGAAGUGGGACUUGAACCCGUGUCUUUGUACUCAAGAGCCAGUGUCCUUUACACUGUACCAUGGUGCUUCCAAUUAUGCUAAAAGUAAAAUGGACCAACUGAGGUUUUAUUAAUAAGUCCAUUAACACCAGUCUAGAAUAGAUAAGAUAAUGGAGUUUUCUGAUGAAGCAAAUUUUCUGACAUCCAAUUUUGAACAAACUAGUGAAUGAUAUAUACCUGCUCUCUGUAAAGUGUGUGUAGUAAACUGGAUUGUGUAUAAUUUUGUCUUGGAUGAUUCACAAGGUACCUCAGGACCUUCCAGUGCCUCUGGGUCAGGAGAAUGAAUUAUCACUGCUGUAUGUACACUUCUAUACACACACACACACACACACACACACACACACAUAUAGUAGUGGGGACUUAGACUCCUAAUGCUUUGGAAUUUACUUUUGAAUAAACAUGUCAACUAUU